CGGCGAGGAGCCCACAGAGAUGACCUCCAUGACCUCAGGGGAGGCAGGAGUGUCCUCAUCCGAGGAGUCAGUGGCGGUGCCUCUAAAUGGCACAGAGAGUAGUCCAGCUGCUGUUCAGAGAAAGUCCUUGGUCAAAUCCUACCUGAAAUCCCCACAAGGAAGAUGCGUGUUUGCUGUAGUCUUUGGUACACUUGCAGUUCUGUCUGCUUAUGUUGUAUCCAAGUUAAUCAUGGGUCUGAUGUUCAUCAACGCCUGCCAUAUGGACCCUUUUAUUCCAAUUUAUCUUGUCACAAGUGCUGCCUUAUUUAUCACAUUUGUUAUCAUUCUUAUUAUCAUCAUAGUCAGAUGUCGAAGAGAAGAGAAUGAUGACCGGGUGUCCCCUGCACACCUGGUCACUUUUGUAUAUUUCUUUAUCCACCUGGUUCUUCAGCUAGCAGGAAGUGUAUGUGUAAUCAGAACCAGGAAUCUCUUCAUGGAAGCCAUGCCUGAAGACCAGAUCCUUCGCACUGCUCAGUGCGAUGAACUUCUGUUGACAUACUCCUUUGGAGUUGUUAUUUUCGAGCUCAUCCUUUCAUGCCUGCUGUUCAUUUUUGCAGUGAUCUCCUUGGUGGAGGUAAUCUACAUCGAGUGUUGCCAGGUGAAAAAACAGAAAAAGACUCCAGCAAGUCGAUAA